AUGUCCACACCUAUUCCACAGCCUCAAGAACGUUUUCUAAUUGGGAAUAUCAAUGAAUUAGAUUCCGAUUUUCCUUUGGGGUCUUUUCUAAGACUCCACAAAUUAUAUGGUGACAUCUACUGUCUCAAUAUAUUGGGCAGUAGAACUAUCGUCAUAUGCAGUCAAGAACUCGUCAAUUUUGUUUGUGAUCAAUCAAAAUUCGAUAAAACACUUAGUGGACUUAUAGAGGAAAUUCGAUGUGUUGCUGGUGAUGGGCUCUUCACUGCUCGUACAUCGGAGCCGAAUUGGAAACUUGCACACAACAUUUUGGUUCCUGCUUUUGGACCGCAUGCAAUCCGAAGUAUGUUUCCACAAAUGAUGGAUAUUGCUUCUCAAUUGAUUUUACGUUGGCAUCACUUUGCCGAAGAAGAAAUCGAUGUUUGCGAUAAUUUCACUCGACUAACAUUGGAUACAAUUGCACUUUGUGGAUUCGAUUACCGAUUCAACAGUUUUUAUCGUAACGAAAUGCAUCCCUUUGUUGCUGCGAUGACCAAUGUCCUUGCUGAAGGUGCUAGACGUUCUCAACGACUUCCGUUACAAAAUACACUCAUGCUUAAAUCUGCAAAACAGUAUCAAGAUAAUAUUGCUUAUAUCCACAAGCUGUGCGAUGAAAUCGUAGAAUACAGACGCAUGCAUCCAAAUGAUACUAAUGAUUUGCUCAAUCGAAUGAUUAGCGGAAAAGAUGAAGAAACUGGCCUUCAACUGUCUGAUGAAAAUAUUCGUUAUCAAAUGGUCACAUUUCUAAUUGCUGGUCAUGAAACAACUUCUGGAUUGCUCUCAUUCGCGUUUUACUACCUUAUCAAAAAUCCACAUGUCUUUCAAAAAGCACAAGCAGAAGCUGAUCAAUUUGACGAAAUCACCGUUGAUACUCUGCCGAAAUUGAAAUAUAUUGAUGCUAUUCUCAAAGAAACACUUCGGCUACAACCUUCAGCAUCAUUUUUUUCCGUAGAAUCGAAAGCAGACAAAGAGAUUCUACCUGGUGGCUAUGAAAUCCACAAAGAUGAUCGAAUUGCAGUCCUGGUACGUCAAUUACACCGCGAUACAAAAGUCUGGGAUCGUCCAGAAGACUUUCUACCUGAGCGAAUACUCGACGGAGGUUUCGAGAAUUUGCCACCAAAUGCCUGGAAACCUUUUGGAAAUGGUCAACGUGGCUGUAUUGGUCGGUCAUUUGCCAUACAAGAAAGUCUUAUCGCCACCGCACUCAUUCUUAAACAUUUCAAUCUUGAAUUUGUUGAUCCUUCUUAUGAUCUUCGUAUUAAACAGAUAGGAACGAUCAAACCUGCAGGAUUUAAAAUACGAGCUCGACCACGUCAGCAAGUCAAAAUUCCACUAGGCAUCAGCGUCAAGAAACAAGAAGAGAUGACACCUGUUCAAGCGCAGACCACCGAGACGAAUCAAUUUCAACCGUUAUCCAUUCUUUUCGGCAGCAACUCCGGUUCAUGUGAAUCGUUUGCCAGAACUUUGGCCUCUGAAGCACCUACGCAUGGAUUCAAUACGACAAUUGCAACUCUUGACUCAGUCAUUGGAACGAUUCCUUCAUAUCUUGAAUCGAAACCGGAACUCAAAAUCAAAUAUGCGGUAUUCGGAGCUGGUCAUCAUGAUUGGGUUAACACGUAUCAAAAGAUUCCAAUUUAUAUAGAUGAAACACUUGAAAAACUUGGUGGUACGCGUAUUGUCGAUCGUGGUAUCGGUGAUUCUGCUGGUGAUUUCUUUGGUGCAUUUGAAGCCUGGACAGAGAAUCUUUUUCAAGUAUUAUGCAAAAUGAAUGGAUUACAAGCUGUUAUCGGUCAAGAAAAACUUUCCAUCGAAAUUGUUAAUUCAACAAGAAAUCUUGGGCAAAUUACUGAUGUUGGUAUUGUAACAGAAAACAAAUUGAUCGUUGAAGACAGUGAACUUGGGCCUGCAAAACGACAUAUCGAAAUCGAGCUGCCGAAAGGACAAACCUAUCAUGCAGGAGAUUAUCUUGCUGUAUUGCCAACGAAUCCACCUGAACUUGUUCGUCAAAUUCUUAAACGUUUCGAAUUAUCUACUGAUGUUCAAAUUAAAAUCACGUCGUCUACAGAAACAUUUCUUCCAACUGGUUAUCCUGUGAGCGCAUACACAAUCCUCUGCGGUUACGUCGAACUGAGUCAACCAAUCAGUCGAAAGCAAGUGGAAACACUUGCUACACUGUGUAAAGAUGAAAAUGAACAAACAAAACUUCGAAGUCUUGGCGGUGAUGCAUAUCAGAAAGAGAUUCUCGAUAAACGUCUUACCAUAUUUGAUAUUCUCGAACAGUAUCUGUCGUGUGACCUUUCAUUUCCACAAUAUCUUCGAAUGUUACCAUCACUUCGUGUGCGUCAAUACAGUAUUUCGUCUUCGCCUCUAUGCAAUUCUGAAUCAGUGACACUUACUAUCGACGUUCUUAAUGCUCCGGCAUUAAGUGGACUGGGACAGUACUAUGGUGUUGCCUCGAAUUAUCUUGCCAAUCUGAAGCCAGGCGACCGUCUCAGUUGCAGUGUCCGAGCAAGCGAUACGAACUUUCAUUUACCUACCGAUAUAAAGAUUCCAGUAGUGAUGUUUGCUGCCGGCACUGGGAUCGCGCCAUUUCGUGGCUUCAUGCAAGAACGAGCAGCACAGAUGGUGUGUGGCAGAAAAAUUGGUCCUACUAUUCUUUACUAUGGAUGUCGAUCAGAAAAAGAUUUCUUAUACGCGGAUGAACUUGAUAAAUGGUCGAAACUUGGUGCAGUUCAGGUGAAACAUGUCUUUUCGCGUGAAUCAAAGGAUGGUAAAAAAUACGUUCAAGAUUUAGUUUGGGAAGAUCGGAAAGAUAUUAUCAAAUUGUUUUCAGAAGGUGCACGCCUUUACACUUGUGGAAGUGCAACGAAACUUGCUGGAUCAUUGAAAACUUGCUUUAUUAAGAUUAUUGCAGAGCAUCGUCAAUGUGAUGAGACCGAAGCAGCAGCGGUUUUAGCAAAGGCUGAUGCUAAUAGAUACAGUGUCGAUGUUUUCGCAUAA